GCAGACCCCUCCCACCUCCUGACUUGAGGACUGAUGGACCUUCUAAGCAUUACUUCCAGUGAAUCAACUUUGAACUUGGGCAGUGGAAAGCUGAUGUGAAGAUAUUUUCAUUCUGCAGGAGGACGCUAAUCAUUCAAAGGAAUGAAUUUCUAAUGGUGGAACUUCAAGUACCUAGUGUGACCAAAGAUGUUUUGGGACAGGAUGUUCUAACUUGUGCUCUUCAAAUGAUGGACUACGUAACCUCUCCUACCUUGCCCUUUUGAGAGGUUGGCUCUGCCUUUUGGAACUUCAGAAACAUCUGACUCAUUGUCUUUCUCGAAGGACUAUGGCGACCCAGGAAGCCACUUCAGACAGCCAGUCAGAGGAGAGCAGUGCUUUGGACUUGCCACCAGUUGAUGACAUAAGAGAUUAUGUGCUGCAGAGACCCCACCAGGAGGCCGACAGCGAGGCGUUUAAUUCUGUGGAAACCCUUUCUCUUCCUUCCUCUUCUGAUGUGGAUUCAGAAGUUCUCGAAGAGAGACCGUUUACUGAAACUCUUGUAGAUGAGAAAGCCAAAGCGCAGCAAGACACCAGUCACCUAAAUAGUGAACGAAAUGAUUCCUGGACCUCUGAGAACUUCUGGCUUGACCCUGGUGUGAAGGGCCAGACGGAGACCAAGGCGGAGGAUGAUGGGCUUCGGAAAUCCCUGGAUAGAUUCUAUGAAAUGUUUGGCCAUCCCCAGCCAGCCGCUAGAAAUCCACUCUCCGCAUCCAUCUGCCAGUGCCUGUCUCAGAAAAUCAACGAACUGAAGGGCCAGGAGAACCAAAAGUACGCCCUUCGCAGUUUUCAGAUGGCCCAGGUCAUCUUCAACCGGGACGGCUGCUCCGUCUUACGGAGGCAUUCCAAGGACACCCACUUCUACCCACGGGGAGAAGGAGGUGUGUCUCUGGAUGAUGAAAAGCCCACCCCGGGACUUUCAAAAGACAUCAUUCGUUUCCUCUUGCAGCAGAAGGUGAUGAAAGAUCUCUAAGUAGCUCCCGGUGGUAAGAAAAGGCAGUGUGGAGGAUGGCCCUGUGGCCCACGCUGUCAGGGCCCCACCCACAUCCCCUCGGGCCUCUCUGGCCAGCCCUGUGGGUGCAGCCCCCUGUGAGCUGAUACCGGAGCCAGGUCAGCUCACAUGGAGAGCCAGCAGUGUUUGUGGGCCUGAGAGCCCCUGUGUCCACACUACCUCCCACCCCACCCCACCC